CUUUUCAAAACUCAUUUAUAUUUUCUUUUGCAUUCUUGUCAUCCUCAUGGAUUCUCAAUUCUUGCUUGGUAUUGCACUUUCAUCCAUUGGUGGCUUUAGCACUUCCAUUGGUGCACUUUUUGUAAUUAUGAGUAAAACUCCAAGUUUGAGGAUGCUUGGACUAUUACAGGGAUUUGCUGCUGGUUUAAUGCUGAGCAUAUCAUUCUUUGAUCUUGCUCAUAAUGCCAUAAACUCACUCGGCUUCCUAAGAGGCAACCUUUGGUUUUUUUCUGGUGUCAUAUUCUUUGCUAUUGUUGCCAACUUUAUUCCAGAACCAAACGUUCCUCCUCCUGAUAAGAGAAACAAAAAGGUUGGUAAUGAAGAAAACAAGAACACCAUGAGAAAACAUCGCCGCCAGGUUUUAUACAGUGGAAUCAUUACAGCCAUAGGUAUAAGUUUACAUAAUUUUCCAGAAGGCAUGGCAGUGUACCUUGGAUCCAUGAAGGGUCUUCGUGUUGGUCUUAACCUUGCAUUGGCGAUUGCUCUACACAAUAUCCCUGAGGGUGUUGCGGUUGCACUUCCGGUUUAUUUUGCAACAGAGAGUAAAUGGCAGGCAUUCAAAUUGGCAUCACUUUCUGGCUUAGCCGAGCCCUUAGGUGUUGUUAUUGUUGCAUGUCUAUUUCCUACGAGCCUAAAUCCUGAAAUUCUCGAGGGUUUGCUGGCAUCAGUUGGUGGUGUUAUGGCUUUUCUAACCCUUCAUGAAAUGCUGCCAUUGGCUUUUGAGUAUGCCGGACAGAAACAAUCUGUUAAGGCUGUCUUCUGCGGAAUGGCUUUCAUGUCUGCGAGCCUGUAUUUUCUGCGUUUGAGUUUACCAGAGGACAAUGGUGUGUAGCUAAAGAUGUGUUCAGAAUGAGAGUUAUACAUACUUUCAAUGAUAAUAGUGUGGAACACUCAAGAAAGGAUAACGUAGGAAUUUAGGAUAUGUUUCUCCUCCCAUUACAUUACAAAGAAGAUGAAAAAAAGUAGUGUAGUUUGGUUACUUUUUCAAAACUAGUGUGAUGCACAAGGGAAUUAUAUAUGUACAGUUAUUGAACUUGUGAUAAUCAGAAUAAAAUAAGAUUACAUA